AACUCGCUCACGACAAAAUCUCCCCUCACGUUUUACUCCACAAUGCUGCCAUCUAACAAAUCCCCCAACACUGACUAAUCUCUUCCCUCUCUCUCUCCCUUAAAUCCCACCGAUUUCAUUCAAAACCCCUCUCUCUCUCUCAUGAACCAGAAUAGAAUUACAAGAGCUUGCAUGUGCCUUUUUGUGGGUUUCUUCUAAAUUCAAUAACCCACAAACGAAUUGAGAUUUCUUCGCUUGAUUGUGAAAUUCCGCUAAUUCAAUUGCUGAAUCGUCGCCCCAAACCAUAAAGCUGCCUGCUUUUGCACUGAUGUUUCAAGAGGACGGAUCUUCAUCUGUGACCUCAUCACCGCUGCAAAUGUUUCCGACGCCGUCGUCGUCAUCGCCGCCUAGCUUAAUCUCGCCUUAUCCAUGGCUCAAGGAUCUCAAACCCGAAGAGAGAGGAUUAUACCUAAUUCACCUCCUAAUCACCUGCGCAAACCAUGUCGCCUCCGGCAGCCUCGAGAAUGCAAACAUAGCCCUUGAUCAAAUUUCCCACCUUGCUUCCCCUGACGGCGACACAAUGCAGCGAAUCGCCUCCUAUUUCUCCGAGGCUCUCGCCGAUAGGAUCCUCAGAGCCUGGCCGGGUGUUUACAAGGCCUUCCGGUCGACUAGAAUGUCGGUUUUAGCUGAGGAAAUCCAUGUUAGGAAGAUGUUUUUCGAGUUCUUGCCGUUUAUGAAGGUUGCAUUUGUGAUUAGUAACCAGGCCAUCAUUGAGGCUAUGGAAGGGGAGAAGAUGGUUCAUGUGAUUGACUUAAAUGCGACUGAGCCAACGCAGUGGUGUGCCCUUAUCCGAGACCUGAGCGCCCGGCCUGAGGGGCCGCCUCAUCUCAGGAUCACGGGGAUCCAUCAGAAGAGGGAGGUGUUGGAGCAGACUGCUCAUGUCUUGAUUGAGGAGGCUGAGAAGCUGGAUUUACCGUUUCAAUUCCACCCCGUUGUGAGCAAAUUGGAGGAUCUUGAUGUUGAGAAGCUUAGAGUCAAAACAGGGGAGGCUCUAGCUAUUAGUUCAAUAAUGCAGCUGCAUACAUUGCUAGCUUCUGAUGCCGGUGGGAAUAGGUCCCCAAUGGCCCCAAUGAAAGGCGUAGGCGUGCAAUUUCAAAGGGCUGUGCAGAUGAAUCAAGGCACUUUAGGGGAGUUGCUUGAGAAGGAUAUGGUUAAUGGCUAUAGUCCAAGUACUGAUUCUGCCUCCUCGUCGCCAUUGUCUUCCAUGCCCUCCUCGCCUAAGAUUGACGGAUAUCUCAGCGCUUUGUGGGGCCUUUCUCCCAAAGUCAUGGUGGUGACAGAGCAAGACUCAGACCACAAUGGGAAGAGCUUGAUGGAGAGGCUGUCGGAGUCAUUGUACUUCUACGCUGCUCUGUUUGAUUGCCUGGAGUCUGCGUUGCCAAGGGCAUCCAUCGAGAGAUUGAAGAUGGAGAAGAUGCUGUUUGGGGAGGAGAUCAAGAAUAUCAUAGCGUGUGAGGGGGGCGAGAGGAGGCAGAGGCACGAAAGGCUCGAGAAGUGGAAUCAAAGAUUCGAGUUAGCUGGCUUUGGAAAUGUUCCUCUAAGCUAUUACGCGAUGCUGCAGGCGAAGAGAUUGCUGCAGAGUUAUAACUGUGAUGGUUAUAAGAUCAAAGAGGACAACGGUGGCGUGGUGAUUUGCUGGCAAGAUCGACCGCUCCUUUCAGUAUCGGCGUGGAGGAAUAGAAGGUGAAAUCUAUGUCUGAUUUUAAACCACCAUACUGUCUGAUUUAGGUGUAGAGUUUUUAGUAUUGUUCUACUACUAUUUUAUGCUUUCAUUGUGUGCUCACAGUUUUUGUAGAUAUAGCUGGAAUUCAGACAGUGUGUUUGCCUAUGCUUAAUCAUCCAUAUUUCAUUUA